CGUUCCGUCGAGUCGACCGCGAGCACAGUAGAUCGUCGACCGACAACCCCUUCGCGUACGAUCAUGUCUCGCCACGGCUGAUUAAGAGCUCCCUUCUUUUUUCUUCGUCAUUUUUUUUUUACCUGUCUGUCUCGGCUCGUACCUCAUUACAAACAGUGUAAAGAAGCUCAAUCAUAUCGCCGGAAAGUUUCGCUUUCGCGAAAGUACCUACCGAUACAUAUCGACGUUUCGCGGCUUGCAGUGUGUGACACGUCAGGUUACUAAGCCGCGUUUAUUGUCUUGCUAUCCCUCCGUAUAUAUCUUUCUUCAAUCCUCUGUCUCCUUCCUAUCCUCUGCCUCUCUCUCUCUCUUUUUCUGUUCGUGACCACUCGGAAAAAAGAAUAUGGAUGAGGCGAAUGGAAAAAUGCGGAGCAAGCACGAGGACGUGGAUACUGCGUCCCUCAGCGCUGACAUCCUGAACCCCUUUGUGCACCGUCUCGAGCUCGACACAACCUACGACAAGCUCAAGACGGCAUUCCUGACGGUAGCACUACUACCAUUCAGACUGGCUGCAAUUACGGCUCUGGUGAUCAUGGCCUGGCUCCUGGCUUGUUUAGGUCUUCUUGGAUUGUCCGAAGAAGAUCUACGUCGCGCACCUCUGACAGGGUGGAGACGCAAAAUAGUGCCCUGGCUGUGUUUUAUGGGCCGACUGACAUACCAAGCAGGAGGAAUGAGAAUCAUUGUGCGUGGAAGACAGGCGACGAGGGCGGAAGCGCCGAUUUUAGUGGUUGCACCCCAUUCGACCUUCAUGGACGGAGGGAUCGUCUACAUAACCGGGUUCCCUUCGAUCAUCGUAAGACGAGAAUCAGGAUUGAACCCAUUUAUCGGAAAGCUUAUCAACUAUACACAACCGGUCUAUGUUUGGAGAGAAGAUCCGAAUUCACGGCAAAAUACUAUCAAGGAAAUUAUCGAAAGAGCUACUUCAAAAGAGGAUUGGCCACAGGUGAUGAUAUUCCCGGAAGGUACUUGUACAAAUCGAUCGUGCCUUAUUACUUUCAAAUCAGGUGCAUUUUACCCUGGUGUUCCUGUUCAGCCAGUCUGCAUCAGAUAUCCUAACAAAUUGGACACCGUAACAUGGACGUGGGAAGGUCCUGGGGCAUUAAAGCUACUGUGGCUUACAUUGACACAACUGAAUAGCAGUUGUGAAAUAGAGUUCCUGCCUGUUUACAAACCAAGCGAAGCGGAGAAAACAGAUCCCAAGCUUUAUGCAAAUAACGUGCGACGUCUUAUGGCGGAGGCAUUACAGAUUCCCGUGUCAGAUUAUACGUAUGACGAUUGCCGAAUUAUUAGCAAAGCUCAUCAGCUAAACAUACCACGAGCAUCCAUCAUAGUGGAAGCCCAUAAACUUCGUAACAAACUCGGUUUGGUAUCGGCCAAAACGGAAGAAGAGUUAGUUCAGAAGAAAACAGAGAGAUUUAACGAAGAAGUUAAUUUGCACGAAUUUGCGCAAAUCCUCAGAAUAGAUGAAAAAGAGCCUGUUACUCAGCAACUAUUUCGGAUACACGAUAGGCAUGGAAAUGGUAAAAUAGAUUUGGAAGAAUAUUUAUUCACGGUGUUAGCUACAACAACCGCAAACUCGGAGCUAGACAAAAUCGAAACAGCGUUCGAAGUAUGUGGUACCAAGUCAUUAUCUUGUAUCAAUAAAAUGGAAUUAAGGAAGGCUUUAAAACUCUCAUUAAGUACGCCAACGGAAGAAUCUGAUAAAAUUUUUCAGAAUGCAAAGAUCGAUUUUGCUGACACAACAGUAAAUUUUGAAUUCGUAUUAGCAGCAUUAUCAGCAAGAGCAGAAUACUGUCAUAUAUUCGCUGGUAACCCCGAGACGAGGAAAAAAACUAUUUGAGAGUAUUUCAUCAACUCGUUCCAUGCUCAUCGAAGAUACAGAACACACCGUGUCUGUGGCAGGCCGCUUCUCAAUCAGGCAUGCUCCAGCCCUGUAUAAAUUUGUUCAAUUCUUGCUGAUAUUACUACCCUCUCAACGAAUAGAUAGCCAUUUUUAUUUAGUAUUAUUAUCGUUGACGAAGCAAGAAGUGUCGUCUUCGUGAGAAUUAAACAAGCGACGUACGGAACGGGAAGAUUAUAUACCGAUUACUAAAAAGUCGCGUUAAACGAGUCUGGCGUUUGUAUAGCACGAAUUUUCUUCCUUUUUUCUUUUUCUUUUCCUUAAAUCCUAGAAGAAGAACUUAUCUCGCACGAAUGAAGUCAAUUUUCGAAAGGAACGUUAAAAUCCAGAGUAAAAAAGAAAGCAAGGAAGGAAAAUGAUACGUAUUUAUUAUUUAACUCGUAAUGAUGACUUAACAUUGUAACGAUUUUUUAUUUUACUGCGAUUUAAUUUAUGAAAAUUUAAACUUUUGUAUCGUACCAUUUUUUCAAUACAAGAAUUCAUAUUGCAAAAACACACGUAGUUAUAGAAAUAUGAAAAAGAGGGAGACAACGGUUGACUUUUUUUUUAAUUUAUUGCGCAGUUCAUACGCAUACGAUAGUUGUGAUAUAGUUUUUUUGUUUCGUUCGAAUAACAAGGCAUAAUAAAAGAGAACUACUAUGUAUUUUCAUUCACAGAUAUACACUUAUCGUUGUUACUCACGUAGAGCUUACUGAAAAGCUUUCUUCCCUUUUAUUAAAAUGUCACGUUAAAAUUCAAAGUCAUGUACAUAAAUAGUAUUACACCGAAGGUUUCUUAGACGUAAGCAAGUUCCCCAAAUCUAACCCGUGUAAAAAUUACGAAUCACGGCGGGAAAAUUGUCCAUG